GGAAUCAACAGUAUUUGUAAUGAAGAACAUCAGACUCUGAGCUGUAACUUGAAUUCUUGUCCAGAAUUCAGCAUACUGGCAGCGAGCACAUCAUACAGAUUGCCACUUGUCCUGCCGGCGUCUUUGAGGCACACUUGCGCAUCUAGGAAAGUACAGAGCAGGUAUCUGUGUGUUCUGCUACCUGUGUGCCAGCCUGGACCAGCUCACAGACAGCCCCACCUGUCUUGGGCUGCUUGGUGCUGCUCUCUCAGGGCCUCUGAGCAUCUCUGAGUUCUCCGUGUUUACUGGAAUGUGGAGGAGCUGCUCAGUUACUAGACCACAGAGGAGGAGCGUGACCUCUUGCACAUGGUUGUCUCUGAGACAGUUAAAAGACUCAGGUGCCUGGGUAACCCUGUCGGCCACAGACUGCUACAUUGUGCAUGAGAUCUACAAUGGCGAGAAUGCCCAGGACCAGUUUGAGUAUGAGCUGGAGCAAGCCCUGGAAGCCCAGUACAAGUACAUUGUCAUCGAGCCCACCCGAAUCGGUGAUGAGACGGCACGCUGGAUCACCGUGGGCAACUGUCUGCACAAGACGGCUGUGCUCGCUGGCACUGCCUGCCUCUUCACCCCAUUGGCACUGCCCUUAGAUUAUUCCCACUAUAUCUCCCUGCCUGCUGGCGUGCUGAGCUUGGCCUGCUGCACCCUCUAUGGGAUCUCUUGGCAAUUUGACCCUUGCUGCAAGUACCAAGUGGAGUAUGAUGCCUAUAAACUGUCUCGACUGCCUCUGCACACACUCACCUCCUCCACCCCAGUGGUGCUGGUCCGGAAGGACGACCUGCACAGAAAGAGACUGCACAACACGAUAGCAUUGGCCGCCUUGGUGUACUGUGUAAAGAAGAUUUACGAACUCUAUGCUGUAUGACUCCAGUGAACAGGGAGCGGAACAGAACCACACAGCCCACAAAAGACAAAGAGGACGUGAAGGAUUUAGAUUGCCACAGUAACAGUUUGCCCUGUGAGGCAGCAGAGCCUGGGAAGGUGUUUGGUUUAAUAUUUGUUAUUUUUUAAAAGAGAACACAGAUCAUGGGUGUCCCAAGGGUUUUUUCAGCUUACUACAAAAAUGUGAUUUCCAUAAUCCUGGAAGGAGUCUGGGGCUAUGGAAGUCUUAACUAGCAGUGGACUGUGGAUAGAAGCCAACGCUGCUGAGGGGGUAUGAGCGUGCUUGGGGGUCUCUAAGUAUACUGUUUAACUGUACCAUUCGGAGCCAACCAGAAGCUAUCAACCAUUAAAAUUAUGAGCAUUUCAA